AAAAGGGAGCGCUUCUUACGAAAAGUUCUGAAGGCACUAUUUUUAAUCUUCAGAGUAGGGAUUAUAAUUUAAUCCUAAUGUGCACGGAGGAGAAGGAGAUGUGCCCCUUAUGUAUGGAACCGAUGGAGGCAGAUGACAUCUCAUUUUACCCGUGUGAUUGCCGGUACCAGGUAUGCCGGUUUUGCUGGGCUAAGAUAAUUAACGAGGAAAAUGGGCUUUGUCCAGCUUGUCGAAAGGAAUAUAAUUCAGAAAAACCGGCAUCUUACAAACCUAUUUCAGAGACUGAGGAAUCUCGUUGUAGGUCUAGUAGAAGACGCAAGGAUUAUAUAAAGAAGACAAAGCUUAAUCCAGAAAUGCUCAAAAUCCUCCCAGAGUUAAGAGUUGUUCAGCCAAAUCUGAUAUUUGUGGUCGGUUUACCUACAUGGAUCUCAAAGGAUAAGGAAAUACUUAAAGGUCAGAAUUAUUUCGGUCGUUAUGGGAAAAUUUUUAAAGUGGAAGUUAAUCAAAACCAAACUUUCGGUGGACCACAGGGUCAACCUAGUUUUAGUGCUUAUAUAACAUAUUAUCGGGCUGAGGAUGCCAUGCGGUCUAUAAGGGAUCUUAAUCAGAGCACUUUACAUGGGAGACCAAUCCGUGUAUCACUUGGAACUACAAAGUACUGUAGUCAGUUUUUAAGGGGCACGAAAUGCACCAAACAUGAAUGCAUGUACUUGCAUGAACUCGGUGAUUCAGCUGCUAGUUUUACUAAAGAAGAAAUGCAAGCUGGAAAACAUACUGAAUACAUGAACAAGUUGUUGCAAGAUUUCUGUCAGUCUAAAUCAUAUUCACUUGAUUCACAAAAGGAAGAAACAACUAUCUUAGGUUCACUAGAUUCUUCUGUCUCAAGUCCCAAUGAUGCUUCAGUACCUCAUACCAGUGAAUCAAGCAGCUACUCAAAUGGACGUAAUCGCUUCAGAUUUGAAGACACAUCCAUGCUGUCUGUAGAAAACUCGGGGGUGCAAGUUUCAGAUCGAUGCACUACACAGUCUGAUCAAACAAGUGCAUCACUUAAGGAGAUUCGUAAAUUAAGGCAUACUAAUAAAGAUAAUUCAAAUGCUGUCUCAGUUUCCGAUACCUCAUUGGCUGAUAAAUCUAAACUAAAUUAUAAUAAUUCUAACAAACCGAGUAGUUGGAAUCAUUCGUCAUCAAUUUCAUCAUCAGAUUAUCCAACUAGAAAGCUCGGGAAAAACUCAUUUGGUACUUUUCAUUUCAAGAAUUCGUCUGAAAAUACAAAUACAGAUAAAUCAUACGUAGAUGGAACUAAAGGUAACCAUGUCCGGCACCAUAAUUCCACCCAGAAUCGGAUUUUGUUGCCUCGCUCUGUCCCAUCUAAUCAAGUAUCUACACGUACUGAGCCUAUUUGUACCAGCAGUAAUGGCUGUCAUCGUACAUGGUGUCGUCCAAAUCCAGAGAAUUCUUCAAAUAUCCAACCUCUAUUAGGAGAUGAACCCGCAGAUAUUGAUUUUGACCCCUUUCGAGAAUCUCAGCAAGGUUUAGCUGAACUUUUAGCUGCUGAAGUUUCACGUCUUAAUGUAUCUGAACCUCUGUUCAGUCAUCGUGUUUGCUUAACCAAUGGAUCUUCAGUUGGCAUUUCUCACUGUCCAAGUGAACCACAAUCCUCAAGUUUAGACACUAGGCUUCCUCAAGCUAAUUUUAGUCUCAAUUCUGCACAAGCUGAAAAACUGCGUUCCUGGUACUCUAAUAUAGUAUCACAUAACAGAAGCAACCAUGUUGAUCCAAACAAGUCAUUUAACGUGAGUCCAAAUACUUUCUCUAAUCUUUAUCCUCCGCCGGGUUUUGAAGAGGCUGUACAAGGUCACGACCAGUCUUCGGAUGGUCAGUUUUUGACAUCUAAAACAGAUAUAUUAAACUCCAAUUAUCCAGAAUUAUCAUACUCAUGUCCUGAAAGCUUUGGAUAUAGCAACAACGUACGUAGCACAAAUGGAUCGUUGCUACAGUCGUGUGCUUUUCCUUGUAGUCUUCCUUUUACAGGCUCUACAGAAAAAUUGAUGACAACUGAUAAUUGGAUACAGGCUAAAAAGGUAUCCGAUCACAAUGCUAUCUAUUCAGACACUUUAUUUUCGUCUAUUCCUGCUGUGCUACCCGAUAUUAGUAACGCAUUAAAACAAGAUGAUUUACCUCCACACUUAUCUAGUCAGUUCAUGACAAACAUAUUUAAUGCUGUUUUAAAUUCCCAAUCAAGUAUGAAUAAUAAUGAAUCAACUGGAACACAUGUUAAAUCCUCAACAAAAUCUUCAGCUUCUAUGUUUGACUUCAGUCAGUUUGUUAACCAUCUUUAUCAUCAAUCCUCUGGGUUCUUAGAUAUAAAUGCCCAUAAUCCUAAUCAGUGGUCCACUAGGGUCAAUAUACCAUUUGCUUGUACACAAAGUGAGGUUUUAGAUGCUUCUAUUUAUUCAAGUUCAUUAGCACCAAUGUCCAACACAUUAACUUUUGGAAAAUAUGGAUCUAAAAUGUGUUCUCUACCUAAUAGCAAUGACUAUCAACAACAUCAGAAGAUGGCCUUUAGCACAAAUAAUAAUAAUACUAAUACUAAUAAUAGUAGUUUCUGCUGCAACACAGGCCUAACCGAUAUGGAUUCCCAUCCUACUUCAACUAAUUCAGCUUCCUCAUUUACAUGGCAACUCGACGAUCCCGCCAUUUUAUCCAGUCGGUUAUCAUCUUCAAAUUCUACAUUGAAAAAUAAUCAAAUCUCAUCUACAGAUUUACUUGAACAAAUUUGGCGAACCACUCCACAUUUCCAAUCAUUUUUUGACCCAUCUUUAGCUUCCACCGCUGCCGCCGCCUCCUCUUCCUCAUAUAUUUCACAAUCAGGAGUGAAAAAUCAAUCAAGACAACAACCACUACCACCGACGGGAGAUACAAUGAUUCAUCCUUCGUCUCACUCUCAACUAAAAGAAUGAUAAAAUAAUUAGCCACAACAGUCAACAACAACAAAUAGUCAUUGCCCAUCCAGCAUACUGACUUCCAUUGUUUGUUGUUGUUGUUUUCUCUCGCAUACAUUGGUCAGUUUGGUUGAGAGUCAAUGGUUAAAGAUUUUUUACUCUAUCACUCUUCUACAAAUCCUUCAAAUUUGUGCAAUUAGUUCUGUAACCAUCUCAGAUAUGUUUUUUUUAAUGUGAGAAGUCAACAAAAGAUGAAUAUGAAGAAUGAUACUAUAGUGUGAUGUUCUUAUCCCCACAAAAUCAUAUUUCAUCACCUUAACCUAUUUGAAACAAAAUAUACAUAUGAAAAUUAUUAUUUUAUUCCUAA